AUGUUUCCCGAGAAUGCAGCUCAGAGAAGUUUCCAAGCUUGUUUAGAGUGUCGGAGAUCCAAGUUAAAAUGUGACGGUUUACAGCAUGCAGAUUUUCAAUGUUCUCGUUGUACGACUCGAAAUAAGGUCUGCAUUUGGCCAGCACCCAUACCUACUGCAAUGACCCAGCAGAAUGCACAACAACAACAACAACAGCAGCAGCAGCAGCAGCAACAACAACAACAACAACAGCAGCAACACCAAAUACAACAACAGCAGCAGCACCAACUACAACAGCAACAGCAGCAGCAACAGCAGCAGCAACAGCAGCAGCAACAGCAACAACACUUCCAGCAGCAACAGCCGAAUCUAUAUCGCCUUCCAUCCACCGCAUCCACCUCGAUUCCCAGAGAUGCUUUAGCUAGUGAAGAUCCUCAAUCAUCCACAUCAACACAAUUUCAACACAAUUAUCCACAUUCCGAUCAUGAAACCUCACUCAAUCCACCAAAGCGACCAAGGUUGGAAAAUAGAAGAGCGAGAAGGAAUACAGAAACAUCCGGUCAAACCCAAAUGUUUGACUUUUCCACAUCAAAUCCAGCACCUUUUGAAUCACUAAGAAGUGUCGCUUUGUUAUCGCCAGAAGAAGCAAUCCUACAGCAUCGCUCACAAGCAAGCUUUGGGGAUGGAAUCCGAAAUGCAAAUGAUCCUUCGCAUCCAACCGGCUUGCACAAUCUGGAAAGGCAAGAUGACAACGCGGCAAAUCAGUAUUCUAUAAACGAAGGGGAAGACUUUACAGAUAUCUUGGGAAAUGAAGAAGAAGGGGACAAUGAUGACAACACGGAUGAUUUCAGCAUUUUAGAACAUAAGCAGAGUACUGAUGAGCAAAUAAAUGCCUUGAAAGAACGGAUGGGAUGGACACAAAAAUGUCUACAUGAAGCAAGCGUUGAGAGAAGAAACUUCUUUGCAGAUGCAAUCGCACCGGAACCAACUGAAGUUGAUAAAUUGGAUCCUAUACAAAGUGGUAUUCUACAAGAAAAAGACGUUGAAAGAUUAUUCGAAUUAUUUUAUGAAACGAUAAAUGUCCAACACUGCCUAUUAGAUCAACGUUAUGAUUCAUGGAAAACCAUCCAAAGAUCUUCAAGAAGUUUGUUCAUUACCAUUUGCGCAAUAACGGCAAGUAUCGACGAGCAGAAUGCAAUCUCACGUCAUUGUUCUCCAAUAUUGCUAAGAAGUAUGGAUCACUGUACUUCUCUGCUACUGUCUUCAAAUGCAAAAAGUACAGAGGUUGUGAAAACUUUACUUUUAACAUUUUUAUUCAUGACAAAACCUGCUUUUGCUCGGGAAGAUCGCUGUUGGACGCUUAUCGAUACAGCCGGAAGGAUCGCAAGUGAAUUAGGAAUGGGUAAACGUUUAAGAACAAUUCGAUCCACUUUGGAUGGUCAAUUGAAAGACGAUCAUGAACAGCGCAGUACGGAACGAGCAUGGGCAACUGCAGUACUUCUACAACGUAGCUUAGGAUCGCUGCAUGGAAUGGUGUCUGUGAUCAAUCUAGACGUUCAAUGGAAUCAAUUAGACAAAUGGGCAGAAGAUGAACGUGCGACACCUGGUGAUGCUCAACAUUGUGCUUAUCUAAAUUUGCGCAGGAUUGAAUUUUAUACACGGUCACAAUUACAGAAGAUGGAAGAACAUCGAUUUUUAUCCUUGGAAAGUAUUCGUGUUAGCUUUAAUACACUUUUUGAAAGCUGGCAACAACGUUAUGUUCAACAUCCUAAGCUGCAAGGGCAUUUUGUGCUUAAAAGUGUAUUGAUGGUUGUCGGUUCGCAUAUUCAACUUCUAAUCAAUGUUACGGUCCUGCACACUUCAAAGAUCUCAGAUCAGCCCAUGUAUAUGGUCCCGGAUUCACUGGAAGAUCAAUGCGCCAAGAUGUCAAUCGCUUUUUGUAAAUUCUUCCUUGACAACUUUCAAUAUCGAGCUCAUCAAUUAGGGCGCAAUAUUGUUUCGAUGGUCACAUGGAGCGUAAUGAUUAUGCUACAGCUGAGAUAUCGUGAUCAGCGUCUGUUAGCUACUCGUCUUGCAAUUUUGUUAGCCGGAAGCGGAUCGGAUCACUUGCAUUCGAGUUCGUUUGCCCGUUUCAGCGGAAGGUGGCUAUUGUCGCUAAUUAAUGAUCUAGCAAAAGCUUCUAGCGAGAGGAAAGCAGCAGCUUUGUUAAGAUAUAAAAGGUUCGAUUACAACACAAAUUAUCGCUUUCCCAGCUUUCCGACUAAUAAUCUAGACGAAUUUCAAUCUGCCUCAGAUGCCGAUCAAACGCUAAAUGCCGGCAAUCAAACUCGAUCAGAGAGAAACAGCGGUCUUGAGAGUCAGUCUCUAUCUGUAGAAAGAAAUCUGAACCAAAAUCUUCAGCCUGACACCAACGUGCCAAUCUCUGGAAACGACUCCCAAGCAGAUUCGACAGAAAAUAUUCUGUCUAGUAUGUCUGGGCAUAUGACAACCGAUCCAUUCAACGAAACAUGGCUGAACUCAUUUUUGGACAGCUUAGUGCCUCCUUCCUUGACACCAUCAAAUGAUCAAAGUGGCUCAACAAGUGUAUCAAACUUCAAUUCUGGUGUAAAUGAGAAUGGUGACCAAACCUCCAUGCAACUUGCUUUUGAAUCUGAUCCUGAAAUGAAUUUUCUCAAUCAACAACCUUAA